AUUGGCUGGAUAUUUAUUCUUAGAUAAUUCAGUAAAUUUGACUAGAUCAUGUUAGAAUAAACAAAACUCACUGCAUAAAUGGGGCACGCAUUUAGAAAAAUACACAGAGAGCUUUUUAGUGCGAAUAGGCUUUUAUUGUCCAAACAAUUUAACCACCAAUAAUAAAAUGUUAAUUACCCUUAAACUAUUUAAAUAUUUUAGAUGAUUACUAAAAAUUUUGUAAAAUGUAAGCUUUAUUCUCAUUGAAAUAUUCUGUGACAGAUUUAUAAAAUGAGUAUAACCAUAUAAAAUAGAAAAAAUAUUUCUCUAAACUGUGCUGUGAACAACAUAAAAUUCUGUAUGCCAACAUGUGAGACAUUUAUAAGAUGUACAGAGAAAAAGACACAUUUAUUUUGUGAAAAAAGAUUUAGAAGUCCAUGAGUGAAAGUGAUCUUCAGAUAUUUAUGGAAAGUAUGUGUUAUAAAAAAACUUAGGAAUAAAUAUAAGAAAUUUUCACAGAAAUACAAACUGACUUUUUAAUUCUAUUUUUCUUGAACUUUUGUAGUACCCUUGCACUAUAAUAUAUUUAAUUUUAUAAUGGUCUUGAUGUUAACUUUUCAUCUAAAUUUAUGUUUUCUUUUAGGUAGUUGCUCUUUUGUACAUUAUGCAUACCGCCCUAGAAUAUAUGGAUAUUCAGAGAAACAUCUCAGAGUUCAUUCUUCUUGGACUUUCUUAUGAUCAUAAUAUACAAAUGUUUUGUUUUGCACUUUUCUUAUUCUGUUAUAUUGCAAUCUUGGUGGGAAAUCUUGUAAUUCUUGUCUCCAUUCUACGCAGCCCUCUUUUUCAUGAACCAAUGUACUAUUUCCUUAGCCACUUAUCUUCCAUGGACAUCUGCUACACCUCUAGUGUUACACCUAAAAUGAUUGGUGACCUACUAGGAGGGACAAAAACCAUUUCCUAUGGUGAUUGCAUGCUGCAGGUCUUUACCAUGCACUUCUUUGGGGGUAUUGAGAUCUUCAUUAUUACUGUCAUGGCAUUUGAUCGUUAUGUUGCCAUCUGCAAGCCUCUUCAUUACAUGAUCAUCAUGAACAGAGCAAAAUGCCAUCUCCUAGUCCUGGCUGCUUGGGUUGGUGGAGCUGUCCAUUCCUUUCCUCAAUUAUCUAUGACAUUCCAGUUACCUUUCUGCGGUCCUAAUGAGAUUGAUCACUAUUUUUGUGAUAUUUUUCCUUUGCUAAAAGUUGCUUGUACUGACACCUAUAUCACAGGAGUCCUUGUGGUUGCCAAUUCAGGUCUGGUCUCCUUGGUUACCUUCGUUGUGUUAUUUGUUUCUUAUGUCAUCAUAUUAUUCACCUUAAGAAAUCAUUCAGCUGAGGGAAGACGCAAAGCCCUCUCCACUUGUGCAUCUCAUGUCACUGUGGUUGUCUUAUUUUUUGGACCUUCAAUAUUUGUUUACUUGAGAUCUCCAACCACUUCCUCCAAGGACAAAAUUUUUGCUCUAUUUUACACCAUUGUUGCUCCUAUGUUCAAUCCCUUAAUCUAUACUUUAAGAAAUGCUGAGAUGAAAAAUGUCAUGAGAAGAGUUUGGUAUAACAUGUUAUUUUCCAAGGAAUGAAAUGGAUAAAACUUGGAACAUUAAAGUUGUUAAUACCAAAUAUUAAUUCUACAAUGCCACAAUGAGUUGGAAAGUUAAUUGCUGGAAUAUUUAGGUAAAGCAAGUAGGGUUACCUUGUUAAAAAGAAAAGUAUCAGGAGGGCUAAAGACAGUAACACAAUGUGACAUUGUGCAGUGAGUUAUCAGGCAAACAAAUUAGCAAUAAUGUUAUUUAAAAAGUCAGUGACUGGGACCAGGCCAUGAGUGACAGAUGGUCUUUGGUUCUAUGGUUGAGAGGAGGUUGAAUUCUGUCAUUGUAAUACAAUAUUCAAAUUUAUGAAAAGAUUUUCACAGAUAUUAACUCCACUGGCAAUGAGAAGUCAGUGGUGCAACAAAUAAAUCAAUAUUGUAGAAUUUAUUUUAAAAUGAUUUGUAGUGUCAACUCUUUUGUCUUCCUAUAGGGAAAAAUAACAAAUGGUGAACACGAAGUGAAAAUAAAAACUGAGAAUGCAGAAAGUAAUGGAUAGUCCACCUGUUGGCCCUAGUUUUAAAGUAAAUUUUUUCCUAAAAGUUAAAGAGAUUGCAUUUUAAAAUACAAGUGAGAGUGGUCUUUGGCCUAGUGAUAAACAUGCCAGCCAUUGUAGGAAUUUGAGAAAUGAGGUAGAGGUUGGGAGCUUGUUGUCUCUCUUCUUUCUGUAAUUUUCUAUGUGUGUGUCUCACAUAAACAUGGAUUAAAAAAUAAAUUAAAACAAUUGGAGUCCUACUUUGAUUUGCCUAAAAUUAAAGGACUGAUGGAACACAAUAAAGAUGCAUUCAUAAACAAAGAAACUGUCUGAUAACAUAAGGAAAAAUGUAAAACAGCAAUAUGAUAUAGUCUAAACACCAACCAAUCGAGCAACUAACAAGUAUACUGGCUCAAUAGAUAAAGCAAAUCAUCUUCAACUACAUUGAAGAAGAAACUUGUGAGAAAGGUGUUCAAGAAAACCCAUUAAGAUUGUAUAAAAUGUCUUUUCUUUUUGCCUUGUUAAUAGGAUUGAAAGGUGUCUCUUAUUGGACACAGCACAUUUAAUAAGACACAAUGGACUGGCUAAUAGGCUUAUAUGAAAAUAAAGAUAAUUUAAAAAUGGAAAGAGUUGUUGUCUAGGUAAUGUAUUACACUUUGAAUCUUUCUGCAUGCACUGUACAAAGAAGAAAAAGAGCAGGAAAAAUCAUGCAGCAAUUUUAACUAGUGAAGAAAAAAAUAUUGUCAAAUUUAAAUUUCUCUUCUAAAAAAAUGACAAUUGACCAAGGUUGGAAGUGUGAAGAAAAUCACCAAUUAUAUUACUGAGGAAACUUCAUUUCCUUGUUUAUAGAAGAGAGAAGUUAUUCCCACUGGAACGGGGCGUAUUACAUGUGGCACAUCUGUUUGUCUCAAAAAAUUAAAAGUUUUUCUAACAACAAUUUAAGCACAAUGCCUCCUUUUUAUUUGAUUGUUUAUAUGAUAUACGUGUGUCUAGAAUAAUCCUUAUGCUCCUUGUUUCUUAAGAAUAAAAUGAGGAGCAGGCGCUGUGGUGCAGUAGGUUAGUCUGCGGCACUGGCAUUCCAUAUGGGUUCUAGUCCCAGCUGCUUCUCUUCCGUUCCAGCUCUCUGCUGUGGCCUGGGAAAGUAGUAGAAGAUGGCCCAGGUCCUUGGGCCCCUACGUGGGAGACCUGGAGGAAGCUCUUGGCUCCUGGCUUCAGAUCGGCUCAGCUCCAGCCAUUGUAGCCAUUUGAGGGGUGAACAGGAAGAUGGAAAACCUUUCUCUUUGUCUCUCCCUCUUUCUGUCUGUAACUCUACCUCUCAAAUAAAUACAUAAAAUCUUAAAAAAAAAGAAUAAAAUGAGUGAUGACUGAAAAGCCAGAAAUUUAACUUGAAUCCAAGCCCAGAUUUUUUUUGGGGGGGGGUGUGGGGAGGGGAAAGAAAUGAAAUCCAACUGACUUGCAGCUUACUGUAAUGACUUUUUCUAAUUUUUUUCCUUCAUGGAGGGGACACUACCAUUCUAGUUAUCACUGAAUCUCAUUUUUUACAAACCCCUUCAACCAGUUUCAAUUCUGUCUUGGUGCCCACUUGGCAUGCAUCUCUCUCGGUCUAGUCACCUGUCUUUUGUCAGCAGAGUACAUGCAUUUGCUUCACACAGUUCCUUGCCUGAAUUCGUCAUUUUCCAUUGUCAGGGAGAGAGCCAGAGACAACAUAAAAUCAGCAGUAUUUUUGCUUAGUAAUAUGAAUCUCUCUGUUAAUGUUUUACCUCUUGAUAUAUUGCAAAAACCUAUGAACUUUUAUUUAUUAAUUCAUCCACUGAUGGACACUUCCAUUGCUUCCAUAUUCUGGCUAUUAUAGGUAGAGCUGCAAUAACCAUGGGCAUGCAGACAUCUCUCCAACAUACAGGUUUCAUUUUCUAUAAGUAUACGCUCAGAUCUCAGAUUGCUGGAUCACAUGUUAGUUCUAGUUAAUGUUUUUUAAAACUGAGGAGCCAGUGCUCUGGCGUAGCAGAUAAAGCCGCCACCUGCAGUGCCCAUCCCAUAUGGGUGAAGGUUCCAGUCCCGGCUGCUCCACUUCUGAUCCAGCUUUCUGCUAUGGCCUGGGAAAGCAGUACAACAUGGCCCAAGCCUUGGGCCCCUGCAUCUUCAUAAGUCCCGGAGGAAGCUCCCGGCUCCUGGCUUUGGAUUGGUGCAGCUCUGGCCAUUGUGGCCAACUGGGGAGUGAACCAGCAGAUAGAAGACAUCUCUCUCUCUUCCUCUCCUUCUCUCUGUGUAACUCUGACUUUCAAAUAAAUAUUAAAAAAAAAAAAAAGCUGAAACACACAUGCAUGGAGAGAGAGAGAUUGAGAGAGAGAGACUUACAUCCAUUUGUUCACUCUCCAAAUGGCCACAAUAGCUGCAGGAUCUGGAAAUGCAACCCAGGUCUUUCCCCAUGUGACUGGCAGUAUCCAAUCACUAGAGUCGUUACUAUAAACCUCUUUGCAUUAGAAGGAAGCUGGAUCCAGGUGUUAGAGCCAGAAAUUGAACCCACACACUGUGAUGUAGGAUAUGGGCUUUUCUUAAAAAAGAUUUCUUUAUUUGAAAGACAGAGUUACAGAGAAUUAGAGGGAGAGACAUCGGCUGGUUCACUCCACAAAUGGCUGCAACAGCCAGAGCUGUUGAUCCAAAGGCAGAAGCCAGGAGCUUCUUACAGGUCUCCCAUGCAGGUGCUGGGGCCCAAGGACAUUGGCUAACUUCUACUGCUUUCCCAGGACAUAGCAGAGAGCUAGAUCAGAAGUGGGGGCAGCCAAAUCUCAAACUGGUGCCCAUAUGGGAUGCUGGCACUGCAGGCAGUGGCUUUACUUGCUACAACAUAGCUCUGGCCUUGCAUAUGGGCAUCUUAACUAUUAAGUAAAUGCUCACCUCUUAUUUUUAAUUUUUUUAGGAAUAUCUAUCCUGUUUUAGAUAAACUAAUUUACAUUCCCAACAACUGUGGGCAAUUGUUUCCUUUUGUCCACAGGUUGGCCAAUAGGUAUUUUUUCUCUUUUGAUAGUAGCCAUUUGAAUAGGUAUGAGAUGAUAUCACAUUUUAGUUUUGAUUUCCAUUUCCUUGUUGAUUGAUGUUGAGCACUUUUUUCAUAUACCUGCAGGCUAUAUUUACAUAUUUUUUUUGGAAAAAAAAGUGUUCAAGUAUUUUGCCAGGUUAUCUGUUUUCUUAGUAUUAAGCUUUUGGAAUUAUAUGUUUUGAAUAUUAAUAUCUCAUUACAUAGAUGUUUGCAAAUAUUUCCUCUCCACUGAAAGAUUGUUGUCUUCCCUCUGCUGCUUUUUAAAAAUAUACAAUAUUAUUUGUUUGCUUUUACUUUUGCUGGUUGAUUUGGGAAUUAUAUAACAAAAACUCAUUACCCAGAAGAUUCAGAUUUUUACUAGAUCAUACUGAAAAAAGGAAAUUUGAACCCAGUAUAAGUGACAUAUAUUUUAAUAUAAAAAUUCUUAGUAUUAUGUAAACUAUGUUUGUUGUUAUCUGGAUAUUAUUAAGAGUAAUAAUAUAUUUUAUGGAAUAAAUCAUAAAAUACAAUAAAUUAAUAACACAAUUAUUAGUUAUUGUACUAAGAAACUGAGAAACACAGAGAGAGAGGGGGAAAGAACACACUCCCAUCUGUUGGUUCACUCCCCAAAUGUCCACAAUGGCUUCAGGGUGUACAAAUGCAACCAAGGUCUCCUUUGUGGGUGGCUGAACCCGAUUAUUAGAGCCAUUACUAUAACUUCCGAGGGUCUGCAUUAGAAAGAAGCUGGGAUCAGGAGCUGGAGCAAGGUAUUGAAUCAAAACCUUUCCUAAGAAUAGGACAGAAGUGUAAGGAAUAUUCAUAUAAUGGCCAAAGCAAACAAAACAAAUGUAGACAUACAGACUAAUAGUUGUUGUGUAGCUAUCAUGAAAGUGAGAUAUUUGAGAUAGAAUUUCUAGAUAAAGCAAAAGAAGAUGUGGUAAACUGUGUUUAUUUGUAUCCUAAUAGGGCACAAUGAUAAAUUAUCUCUAGGAAAUAGAGAAGAUAUUGCAUAAUUACAAUCAUCCUGGCAAUACUUUAUAGAAAACUAUAAAGUGGAGAAAGGAUAAAGAGGAUUCAAAUAAAGUUCUUAAAAAGGAGAGGAGUUUGAAAAUUAUUCUUUUGACAAGUUACUAGUAAAAAUAUUGCAUUAUUUAGAAUUCUUUUCUGAAAAAUCAUCACCUUUGCUUUGGUAAAUCUAAAUAUUGCUGGGAAACAUUUGAAAGAGAACUUUUUUCCUACCAAUCUAUACGUUCUGAUUAAAUUAGCUCAUGGAUUAAACAAUCACUGGUCUUUGUUCAAAGAUAAGCACUAAAUUUUUUUUUUCUAAAGCCAGCAUUGUGUCGUAGCAGGUAAAGCUGCCACCCUGCAAUGUCACCAUCCCAUACGGAUGACAGUUCGAGUCCCAGCUGCUCCACUUCUGAUACAGCUCCCUGUUAAUGGCCUGGGAAAAGUAGGGGAUGAUAGCCCUAGUGUUUCAACCCCUGCCAGAAAAUGUUAAUAUCUUAAGACAAUAUAAACACUUUGACUGAAGCAAGAUUUGGAGAGAUAUAUAGCAAAUAUAUAGGAAAUAUAUUGAUCAUAGUAAAUCUUUCAGAAUUCUUUGAUAAUUGACGAACUUUCAACAUGAGUCAAUUUUCAGUAUCAUGAUCUAUGAUCACAGUUUAUCUUAUACAUUAUCAUUUCAAUCUUUUAAUUAUUAAAUAUAGCACACUGAGAAAAUUUACAGAACAAUGAAUAAAUUUCACAAAUAACUUCUUUCUAUAACAAGAAAUAGUAUACCUAUCCUUCCACAGUUAAAUUUGCUUUGUCCCUAAAGGUAACCUGUAUCCCAUGGACAUCACUUCCUUGACUUUGUAACUGUAUAUGCUCCAGUUUCUUCAGUCUUAGAAUGCAGUUGGUAACAGCAUCUUUAUCAUAGUUUUUUUAGAAAUAUAUGUAAGAACAUUCAUACUGAUUUUUGCUCAUGUCUGACAUCAAAUAUGUUUACUACACAUUGCUAUUAGUAUAGCUCACAGAGCACAGGGGUAAUAAGCACUAGCUUGAAAUCCCUGAAAAAAGGGAAGUUUAUUGAAAAUUACAUAACAGCAAAAUUGCAGAAUGUUCAACUGUACUCAGAAAUUUUAUUAAGAAUUGUAUGUAUUCAUACAGACAAGAAAGUUCUAUAUGUCUGUCAUUUUCCAGAGAAUUCACUAUAAAUGGAAUUACCAUACUUUUCCCCUAGAGAACAUGACUGAAGAUGCUACUUGGGAAUCGGUGGAUAUCACUUCUUAACAUAAGGACGAGACUGCAGUGCCCUCCUCAGAUAAUAGAGAUGGGAAUGAGAAACUCCAAUUGCUUAAGCAGCGUAUUUCAGUAAUUGCAAUAAUGAGGUUCAGUGAUUGCAAUAACUGGCUACAAUGUUAUUUUUUGUGAGGCAUUUAUAAUAGAGCUGUAAAAUUACUUAUAUGUUAUUUCUGAUAACCUUGGAUGUAAAAGAAUACUAAAUGGUGAGUUGUUUAUGUGGGUAUGUGAAAAUAACUUUGGGUAUGUGGGUAUGUGUAAAUUAACUUUCAAUAAGUAAACAUUGUUUUGAGUGGAAAUAAAAAUAAAUCAUCUAGAAUGUAAUAUUCACCAAAAAUUUAAAUUGUUUUUGAAGCUUAAAAUGCUCAUGAAUAAUUAGACUCUAAAUUUACUAUGAUUUGACUAGUUCUUGCAACCAAAUUGUCCUGCGUUCAAACUGUUUUCCAUGAGAUACCCCUGUACUCAAUUUGAUUUGAUGAUGUGAGAGGUGGCAGGAGUUACUAAAAUGCUAUGAAUUUUAUAUUUGUUUAUGCAUAUGUUGGAGAAAAUAGAAAGUGAAAAUUCAGUAGCCCUCAUUGUGAGGGAAAUAAUUUAAGUAUUUAAGGACUGACUGUGUAUCUUCAAAGAAAUGAGUACAGAAGAGAUUAUAAAGGAAAACAAUAGACCUAAAAUAAUGAAAAUGAAUUAUUUUUUUCACACCAUUAUCCACAUAAAUAUGUGAUAUUUGUUGACUUUUUAACUCCGGUGUUAAGAAAGCAUAGGAAAUAGCAGCUAAUUUUUAAUCAGGCUGUACUGUAAGGUUUUUUUUUUUUUUUUUUGACAGGCAGAGUGGACAGUGAGAGAGAGAGACAGAGAGAAAGGUCUUCCUUUGCCGUUGGUUCACCCUCUAAUGGCCGCUGCAGCGGCGAGCUGUGGCCGGCGCACGGCGCUGAUCCGAUGGCAUGAGCCAGGUACUUAUCCUGGUCUCCCAUGGGGUGCAGGGCCCAAGCACUUGGGCCAUCCUCCACUGCACUCCCUGGCCACAGCAGAGAGCUGGCCUGGAAGAGGGGCAACCGGGACAGAAUCCGGUGUCCCGACCAGGACCAGAACCCGGUGUGCUGGCGCCGCAAGGCGGAGGAUUAGCCUACUGAGCCGCGGCGCCGGCCUUGUAAGUUCUAUAGACAGAAUAUUGUUGGGUUAAGAGAGCACUACAUUCCGGGAGAUUCUGGUUGUCUGUUGAGAAAAAUAAGAACAAAUUGACAGGAUAAUAUGAUCUAAUUUAUUGGAAGACUGCACCUGAAAAUAAAGGCAUGCUAUUUAACUCCAGGGAGAUAGUAAAACUGACAAGGAGAAAGAAAAUUGCAUUCUUAAAAGGACAUCACAGGGAAAGGAAAUGCUUUUCAGGUACCUGAGGCUAGUCCACUCAUUUUACAGGAAGGAGGUGAAUAGGCAUAGAUGGUUCUCAGGAGGGGCAGCUAAGGCUUGAACUCAAAUUUCUCUUUCCUACCUGUUUUUUUCUUAUAUAACCAAUAGUUGAGAAUGCAAAAUCACAAUCUAUUUAGAGAUAAUAAAAGAUAUACUGCUUCAAAUUUUUUACUUUCUAGAGCUGGCUUAUAUGUGUAAGAAUUCUGAAACAAUUUGAUUUGUGGUUUAUAAUAAGAACUUCGGCCUAAUUUAUAGUUCCAUGAUUCUAUUUACAUAUUUCCCAUUUGAAUGUGAUUUGAGAAAAUGAAGGAAGGGGAUGAAAUUCAGGGAAUUCUUUGGGUUUUGCCUGGCAGAUACAAACACCUACACAGACUUCAGGUUUUAGAGACACAGUUAAUGCUCCAUUUAUGCUAUUGUUUUAGCUUUGAUCCUUUUGACAUGACAUGCCUUGAGAUGGUUGUUAGCUUAAAUUUUAAACCCUAGCUUGGUAUGCAAUAGAUAUGUUACCAUGUACAAGUUUCUUAACCUCUGUAAACCUAAAGUGAUUUUUAUUAUUUUCUGUGGUGCAUGAAUAUUAGCCCAACGAUACUUCCUGAGAUUUUAUCAAGUUAUGUUUCUCAUCUGUUAUGAAGGUUGAGCCUCAGCACCAAUCUCUAUUUUCCUACAUUUCAAGUGAAAAAAGAGCUUUUUAAAAGAAUUAAUGAAUUUGCAAAGAACAUAUCUAAGGUUAGUGGCAGAUUUAAGACAUUUCACUGGGAUUUCCUACAAAUUUUAAACAAUGAUUAAAUAAUGAUCAGCUGUAGCCUGAUGAACCAAAACAAUUAGGGAUUGUGCAAGUUAGUCAUGUGCAAGUUUUACUUUGAGUGAGCUCAUAUUAAAUGAAAAAAUGUGGAUAUAUUAGCUUUGAACACCAUAUUUUGAGCUUUUCUUCACUUAGAGGCUUAAAUUCAAGUAGAGUUUUAAUAAACUUCUUGAAAGAAUAAACAGUACAUUUUAAGUCAUAUACAUAUGAAUUUAUCAAUGAAAAUAAUUCAACCCCUAGUGAAUUAAAUAGUAUUUUAUUUAAAUAUAAUCAAUGCUCUUUCUUCAUAAUGGCAGGCUACUGUUAUAGUUUGAUAUAGGGAAGUUCAGAAUUAGUUUCUUAAAACUUUAUCUCAAUCUAAGUUUACUUCUUAAAAUUCUUCUAUGGGCAUGAGUGUGUGUUAUAAAAUUCAGUCUGUAUUACAAUGCAGUUAUUCAUUAAGUGAGUAACAAUGUUAAUGUAAUCCAUCGCAUGAUACAAUCUGGAGGCAAUUUGAGUACAGUUUAAUUUAGAAACCAACUAUGAGAUUAGGGCUGAAAGUGUAUACUAUGAAAUGGUCAGCAUUCUGAGGAUGUCUCAGAAAAAAUAAUAAUAAAAUUAGACUUAAAAGUAUUUUUAAAAGUUGGAAUACUUUGUUAAUAAUUCACUAUUUUAGCAUCAUCCAGGACUCUGACAGCCUCAUUUCAGAUAUGAUCACCACUACUGUAAUGUAAUCAAGUCCUACUUGUUUGGUAUCAUGUUUACUACAUGAAAGGUGAUCCACACUGUUAUGAUAUUUUUUUGACUUGAAGUUAAAUUCGCACACUAAUGAAUGGAAGGAGGAAAACAGAAAGGUGGAUUAAGAGAUGUUUCGCUCAAAAUACUUUUAAAAUUUUAUAAUGUUAUUUUAUUUGCUCAGAGCAAAGUUUAAAGAUUUUUCCUAUUAUUUAAAAUAUGAAAUGUACUAUAAAGUUGCCUAAAAUUUGCAAAGAAACUUCAUGUUAGAAAUCUACUUGCACUCUACUUAUAAUCAAACAAAUGGCAUUAGUGACAUUAAAGGUGGAGAUAUAUUAUGGUCCUAUGUAAAUAACAAAAACUAUAAUUCCAACUGGUCUCCUAUAAGCACAUUUUCUCAUGGAUUUGUCACCAUCUGAAUAAUUUAUGGGUUUGAUUAAAAUUCUUGUAUUGCCAAAUAUAGAAAAAGUAAAUACAUAGUCCUUUAUAAUAAAGUUAAAGGCAAUUUCAUUUGCCUUAAAGGGUAAACCUUUAGUACUCCCUUUUUUUCACUCUUCUUUUAAACAUUUUUAUUGCUUUUUAUACUUUCCAUUUGAGGGACAUAAGGACAGAGAGAAAGGCAGACAGCAGAGAGACAGAACUUUCAUCUGAUGGUUUGCUUUGCAGAUGUCCACACCAUUUUAAGGCAGGAUUAUAGCUGAAGACAGGUGCUGUUAUAGCAAUCCAGAUCUCCCACAUGCCUAACAGUUCCUGUUACAUGAGUUAUCACCAAUGCCUCCCAGUGUCUGCACUGACAGGAAGAUGGGAGUCAGCACCUGGAGCCUUGGAUCAAACCUAGGCACUCUUGUUGGAUUUGGGAAUUUUAACUACUUGACUUUAACUGCUAGAGUUUGCUCCCACAGUCUUCUAAGAGAGCUAAUCUCACAUUUACUUGUAAAUUCACUAAGUUUUGUUUUAAUUUUUUUUUUUUGCAAUGAAAGUAAGAUUUUAUUUUGCUUACUACUUAUCUUAAUUCUUUAGUGUUCCAUGUAUAUAUAUUUGAAUUUA